AUGAGCUCACAGUAUGCAGAGCUGUACCAGUGUGCAUACAGCACUGAGGGCAUGCUGUCUGAGAGGAGUGAGUCUCUGCUCCUGGUGGUGACAGGAAUGUUCAGUGCACCCUUCCUCUCAGCCUACCCAGGCCCAGUGGUGAACUCAGGAGGGAAUGUGUCCCUCUUGUGCAGCUCACAGUUCACAUCAGGCCCUUUCUACCUGCUGAAGAAGGGAGGGGCUGAGCUGCCCCAACACAGGAAAUCAGAAUGGCGUUCCUAUCAUAGCAGGUCACAGACUGUCUUCCCUGUGGGCCCCGUGAGCUCCUCCCAUGGGGGGACCUACAGAUGCUAUGGUUCCUCCAUCUACAAUCCCAAUGUGUGGUCACAGCCCAGUGACCCUCUGCACAUCGAGGUCACAGGUGUGUACAGGGAGCCCUCCCUCUUGGCUCAGCAAGGCCCCCUGCUGCUGCCUGGAGACAACCUGACCCUCCAGUGUCACAUGGAUCCCCACUUUGACAGAUUCACUCUGACCAAGGAUGAGGGGCCCACACCCCCCAGCACCUCCCUGGGCAGCACAGCCCUGACUUCCCCCUGGUCCUGUGAAUCUCGCUCAUGGGAGCCGCUAUAG